AUGUCCGACCAGCCCACCGACGCCCGCGAGCGUCUCCGCCAGAACUUCCUCGAUCAUGAUCCUAAGCAUCAUCCAAACCGCUGGGAGCAUCUCUGGCAACAAGAUGACUUGCCAUGGGACAAGGGCUUUGCUUCGCCUGCUCUAGCAGAUGUUCUUGCUGAUAGAAAGGACCUGCUUCCUACUGCACCGUCUGGCCGCCGACCCCGCGCUUUGGUGCCCGGCUGCGGCAAAGGAUAUGAUGUGCUCUUGCUUGCCAGCUGGGGAUUCGAUGCUGUCGGUGUUGAGGCUGCUGCGACUGCAGUCAAGGCUGCCAAUGCUGAGUCCAAAGGUUGGGAGGAGAAGCCUGAGUAUGCCGUCAAGGACGAGGCGAAAGGCCGCGGAAGUGCCAAAUUCGUGUUCGGGGAUUUCUUCGAGAAGGAGUGGGAGAAGGAUGCGAUUGGCGAGGAUGGCUCAAAGGAUGGUCAGUGGGACUUGAUUUAUGACUACACCGUAACUCUGCGGCCAAACUGGGCAGCUCGUCAGUCGUCGCUGCUGUCACCAACUGGCCGUCUGAUCUGUCUCGAGUUCCCAACUUACAAGCCUCCCUCAACCGGUGGACCUCCCUGGGCUUUGCGACCGGAGACUUAUCUUGCUCAUCUGAGCCGGCCAGGAAAGGAAGUUGAGUAUGACGAGGAAGGCUUUGCUAUCUGGAAGGAGGGCGAGUCUGCUGAGAAGGGCGCCCUGGAGAGGAUCGCGCACUGGAAGCCGGAAAGGACACACAAGAUUGGUGAAGGAACUGACAAUGUCAGCGUUUGGAAGAGACGAUGA